AUGCUGCUGAAAUCCAAACUCUCAAGUAUUCUGUUCCAGCUGCUGGAGGACAAUAUCAUCAUUUUUGUAAAGAAUGAGCUGAAGAAGCUCCAGAAGGUUCUGAGUCCAGAUUACCCAGAAUGCGCAGAGAAUAAGAUUGUGAAUGAGGAGGUUUUGAAGGGUGAGGAUGAUGAGCAGAGGAGUAGCAGAGAAGCAUUUGUGAAGAUCACAUUGCACUUCCUAAGGAAACUGAAGCAGGAGGAGCUGGCUGACCAUCUGCAGAGCAAACAUGUUGCAGCAAUUUGUAAAUGUAAACUUAAAACGAAGUUGAAGAAGAAGUUCCAGUGUGUGUUUGAGGGGAUCGCUAAAGAAGGAAAUCCAACCCUUCUGAAUCAGAUCUACACAGAGCUCCACAUCACAGAGGGAGGGACUGCAGAGGUCAAUGAUGAACAUGAGGUCAGAAAGACUGAAACAGCAUCCUGGAAACCAGAUAGACCAGAAACAACAAUCAGACAAGAAGACAUCUUUAAAGUCUCACCUGGAAGAGAUGAACCAAUCAGAACAGUGCUGACAAAGGGAGUGGCUGGCAUUGGGAAAACAGUCUUAACACAGAAAUACACCCUCGACUGGGCUGAAGACAAAGCCAACCGGGACAUCCAGUUCAUAUUUCCAUUCCCUUUCAGGGAGAUGAAUAUACUAAAAGAGAAAAAGUUCAGCCUGGUGGAACUUGUUCAUCACUUCUUUAUUGAAACCAAAGAAGCAGGAAUCUGCAGCUUUGAAGACUUCCAGGUUGUGUUCAUCUUUGAUGGUCUGGAUGAGUGUCAACUUCCUCUGGACUUCCACAAAACUGAAAUCGUAACUGACCCUAGAAAGUCCACCUCAGUGGAUGUGCUGCUGACCAACCUCAUCAGAGGGAACCUGCUUCCCUCUGCUCGCCUCUGGAUAACCACACGACCUGCAGCAGCCAAUCAGAUCCCUCCUGACUGUGUUGACAUGGUGACAGAGGUCAGAGGGUUCACUGACCCACAGAAGGAGGAGUACUUCAGGAAGAGAUUCAGAGAUGAGGAGCAGGCCAGCAGGAUCAUCUCCCACAUCAAGACAUCACGAAGCCUCCACAUCAUGUGUCACAUCCCAGUCUUCUGCUGGAUCACUGCUACAGUUCUGGAGGAUGUGCUGAAAACCACAGAGGGAGGACAGCUACCCAAGACCCUGACUGAGAUGUACAUCCACUUCCUGGUGGUUCAGGCCAAAGUGACGAAGGUCAAGUAUGAUGGAGGAGCUGAGACAGAUCCACACUGGAGUCCAGAGAGCAGGAAGAUGAUUAAGUCUCUGGGAAAACUGUCUUUUGAUCAGCUGCAGAAAGGAAACCUGAUCUUCUAUGAAUCAGACCUGUCAGAGUGUGACAUCGAUAUCAGAGCAGCCUCAGUGUACUCAGGAGUGUUCACACAGAUCUUUAAAGAGAAGAGAGGACUGUACCAGAACAAGGUGUUCUGCUUCAUCCAUCUGAGUGUUCAGGAGUUUCUGGCUGCUCUUCAUGUCCAUCUGACCUUCAUCAACUCUGGAGUCAAUCUGCUGGAAAAACAACAACCAACCUCCCAGAAGUCUUUCUUUUUUAAAAAGAAAAGUAGUAUAAAAUAUCUCCACCAGAGUGCUGUGAACAAGGCCUUACAGAGUCCAAAUGGACAUCUGGACUUGUUCCUCCGUUUCCUUCUGGGUCUUUCAUUGCAGACCAAUCAGGCUCUCCUACGAGGUCUGCUGACACAGACAGGAAGUAUCUCACAGACCAGUCACGAAACAGUCGAGUACAUCAAGAAGAAGCUCAGUGAGAAUCUGUCUGCAGAGAAAAGCAUCAAUCUGUUCCACUGUCUGAAUGAACUGAACGAUCAUUCGUUAGUGGAGGAGAUCCAACAGUUCCUGAGAUCAGGACGUCUCUCCACAGAUAAACUGUCUCCUGCUCAGUGGUCAGCUAUGGUCUUCAUCUUACUGUCAUCAGAAAAAGAUCUGGAUGUGUUUGACCUGAAGAAAUACUCUGUUUCAGAGGAGGCUUUUCUGAGGCUGCUGCCAGUGGUCAAAACCUCCAACAAAGCUCUACUGAGUGGCUGUAACCUCUCAAAGAAAAGCUGUGAAGCUCUUUCCUCAAUUCUCAACUCCCAGUCCUCUAGUCUGAAAGAGUUGGACCUAAGCAACAAUGACCUGCAGGAUUCAAGAGUGAAGUUUCCAUACUCUAAACUGACAACUCUCCGACUGAGUCACUGUAACCUUUCAGAGACAGCCUGUGAAGCUCUGUCCUCAGUUCUUAGCAUGCGGUCCUCUAGUUUGAGGGAGCUGGACCUGAGUAACAACAACGUGGAGGAUUUGGGAUUGAAGCUUCUGUCUGUUGGUCUGGAGAGUCCAUACUGCAAACUUGAAACUCUCAGUCUGUCAGGCUGUUUGAUCACAGUGGACGGAUGUGCUUCUCUGGCAUCAGCCCUGAGUUCUUCCCACUCCCAUCUGAGAAAGCUGGACCUGAGCUACAAUCAUCCAGGAGACUUGGGAAUGAAGCUGUUGUUGCCUGAACAGAAGAACCCAUCCUGGAAACUGGAAACUCUCAGGGUGGAGCCUGCUGGAGUCCGAUGGUUGAGACCAGGUCUGAGGAAGUAUUCCUGUCAACUCACAAUAGAUAUAAACACAGUACACACAAACCUCAAACUGUCUGACAACAAAAGAAAGGUGACACAUGUGGAGGAGGUUCAUUUAUAUCCUGAUCAUCCAGAUAGAUUUGAUGUUCAUCCUCAGCUGCUGUGUAGAAAUGGCCUGACUGGUCGCUGUUACUGGGAGGUUGAGUGGAAAGGAGACGUUGACAUAUCAGUGACUUAUAGAAAAAUCCGAAGGAAAAGUGGCAGUGAUAACUGUUCAUUUGGAUGGAAUGAUCAAUCCUGGAGUCUCAGCUGCUCCGAUGAUGGUUACUCUGUCUGUCACAAUAACAGAGAAACAUCCAUAUCCUCCUCCUUCUCCUCCUCCUCAGUGUCUAACAGAGUAGCAGUGUAUGUGGACUGUCCUGCUGGCACUCUGUCCUUCUACAGAGUCUCCUCUGACACCCUGAUCCACCUCCACACCUUCAACACCACAUUCACAGAACCUCUUUGUCCUGGAUUUAGAGUGUGGUUUCCUGGUUCCUCAGUGUUUGUUUGCAGAGAAUAA